AUGUCUUCAAUGAGCAACUCAGUUAGUGAUGUGAAUGGCGGCUUUAUUACUGACAACGCGACCAAGGUCGAGCGCUGGCGUGAGCACUUCGAGCGCCUUCUCAACUUUUAUACGGAGCCCACAACCCCGCUGCUUACAUCUACAACAGAGCCUCCUCCAUCUCUCACUUACCCAGUGACAUGCGACCCGCCUUCUGAAGGAGAAAUCGCUGAUGCCAUGAAAAGGCUGCGCAACAAUAAGGCACCUGGAGAGGACGGAAAAGCCGUUGAAAUCUACAAGUCUUGUGUUGGAACUCUGGUGCCUUGGCUCCAUGAAGUGACCGGACAAGUGUGGAGAGACGAGGCUGUUCCUGAUGACUGGGACUCAGGCAUCCUUGUGCCUAUCCACAAGAAGGGAAAUAAGACAAUAUGUGAGAACUACCGCGGCAUAAGCUACAUGGAAAUUGCUACGAAGAUCUUCGCCAUUGUUCUCCUCGGGCGGUUCCAGUCUGUGCGCGACUCCAGGACGCGGCCCAACCAGGCCGGAUUUCGCGCUGGGCGUGGAUGUGUGGAUCAGUUGCUGUCAUUUGGCACAAAAAGAUCGUAUGUGGCAACAGUUAAGAAAACCUCGGUCGGGUUUACAUACGGUUGUUCAGCUUCUUGA